AUGUCUAACGUCGUUGCAACUAAUUAUGGGAAGGUUCAAGGUGUCACAAUAAACUCAGCCUUGGAUGUGAAUUAUACAGCAUUUUAUGGAAUUCCCUACGCUAAACCACCAGUUGGUAGAUUGCGUUUCAAAGACCCACGAACACCAGAAAGGUGGGAAGGAAUUUAUGAUGCUUCAAAGGAGAAACUUUGUUGUAUCGGAAGAGAUUCUUACUUGAAGAAAAUCGUUGGAUCAGAAGAUUGCUUGCAUCUGAAUAUUUACACGAAAAAUGUAUCAUCAAGAAAGUCUUUACCCGUAAUGGUUUAUUUCUUUGGUGGUGCCUUCCAAACUGGAUCCACAUCAACUGAUUUAUAUAGCCCAGAUUAUCUUCUAAUGGCUGAUGUAAUUGUCGUCAUGUUAAGCUUUCGUUUUGGACCUCUUGGAUUUAUGAGCUUUAAAGAUGAGACUUUAAAAAUCACCGGAAAUGCUUGUUUGAAGGAUCAAUUAAUGGGACUUCAAUAUGUCAAACAUAACAUUGAAUACUUUGGUGGUGAUGCCAACAACAUAACAUUGUUUGGUCACAGUUCAGGUGCAAUGUCAAUUAAUCUUCUUAGUGCUAAUGAACAAGCAAAAGGUCUUUUUAAUAGAGCGAUCAUCAUGAGUGAUUUUAUAUUGAAGGAUUCAUAUUUGACACAGCGAGAACAAAAUUGGGCUUUACGUUUAGCUAUGAAGUUGGGAUAUUCAGGAAAUGAUGAAGACAAGGAUGUUCUGGAAUUCUUGCAAAAUGCAGACCCGAUAAGAAUGGUGGAAGAACAAAAUAAUCUUAUUUUACCAGAAGAAUCAAAAAGAACUCAAUUUGCUUUUAAGCCAAAUUUGGAAACUUAUUUCAAUGAACUUGCAUCGAAAUCGCCGAUUGAAAUGACUCGUGAAGCGUGGGGAAAUGACAUUGACAUGAUUUUUGGAUGUGUGUCAGACGAAGGUCUUAAUCAAUUAACUUACAUUAACCGUAAUCCACAAAUGAUCACAAAAUUGGAUCUGAAAGACAAAAUUCCAACUGACUUGAAUUUAAAUCUUGAUGACGAUCAAUCGCGAUCUAAAUUUGCUGAACAACUUCAAACAUUUUAUUUUCCUAAUAUCAAUCCAAAUGAUGUCGAAUCAGAAGAAACAAAAAAUGGUUUUUGUCGAUUAGUUGCUGAUAAAGAACUUUUAUUGCCACUGUCACGUUCAAUCAGAAGUCGCCAAAACUCAAGUGGAAAAGGAAAAACUUAUUUUUAUCGAUUUGCAUUUGAUUCACCCACGAUGAACACUUUUCGAACACAAAGAAACAGACCAAAUGCACGAGGAGUUGAUCAUGCUGAUAAUUUGAGUUACAUCUUUAAACAUAAUUACGGACCAAUAUGCGAGAAAGAUUCGAAAGAAUUUUCUGUCAUCAAAAAUUACAUUUCAUUUCUAACUUCUUUUGCUACAACUGGAAGUCCAAAUGACGAUGUGGCUCAAAUUGCAACCGGAAAUGUUAUCCUAUGGAAAGAAGUUGAUUCGAAGACGCCGCCAUUUAAAUGUUUGAAUAUCUCUGAAACUAUUGAAUUCAAAGAUAAUCCCGACACUGAUCGAAUUGCUUUAUGGGAAGAAAUGUACACGGAAACCAACACACCACUUUAUUAA